AUGGGCGAGUUGAAGUGCCACAAAACAGAAAACAUAUUUGACUGGCUGAUUCUCAACAUGAACCGUGCUUUCAGCAGAAAGAAAGACAAAACAUGGAUGCACACUCCUGAGGCUUUAUCAAAGCAUUAUAUUCCCUACAAUGCAAAGUUUCUUGGCAGUACUGAAGUGGAGCAACCCAAAGGUACAGAAGUUGUGAGAGAUGCUGUUAGAAAACUGAAGUUUGCAAGACAUAUCAAGAAAUCUGAAGGCCAGAAAACCCCGAAAGUUGAAUUACAAAUCUCAAUUUAUGGUGUAAAAAUUCUAGAUCCAAAAACAAAGGAAGUCCAGCACAAUUGCCAGCUUCAUAGGAUAUCAUUCUGUGCUGAUGAUAAAACUGACAAGAGGAUAUUUACCUUCAUAUGCAAAGAUUCUGAGUCAAAUAAACACUUGUGCUAUGUAUUUGACAGUGAAAAGUGUGCUGAAGAGAUAACUUUAACAAUUGGUCAAGCAUUUGACCUGGCUUACAGGAAAUUUCUGGAAUCUGGAGGAAAAGAUGUUGAAACAAGAAAACAGAUUGCAGGGUUACAGAAAAGAAUUCAAGAACUAGAAACUGAAAAUAUAGAACUGAAAAAUAAGGUACAAGAUUUGGAGAACCAGUUAAGAAUAAAUCAAAUACAUACAUCUCCACUGCUGCACAUAAAGUCUGAUAAUGAUCAACAUAUAUUUCAAAGACCCUCCACCUUUUUCUGGUGUAAUAAUGAGGAUUCAACUCCUUGUUUAGAUAUCUCUUCCAUUACACUUACUCCUAUGAGCUCUCCUGACUCCAGACUAUCAUCUGGACUAUUAACACCACCACCUUCAAAAAGUGGUCUUCCAAAGCCAGUCAGUGAAUACAGCAUCCCAAGACCUCGUGCAGGCAGUGUGACACCUAAAUCACCCUCCACUGACAUCUUUGAUAUGGUUCCCUUUUCUCCCAUAUCCCCUCAGUCAUCAACACCUACUCGCAAUGGCACACAGCCUCCUCCAGUACCCAGUAGAUCUGCAGAGAUCAAGAGAGACCUUUUUGGAGCAGAACCAUUUGACCCUUUUAGCUGUGGAGCAGGAGAUUUCCCUCCAGACAUUCAGUCCAAACUAGAUGAGAUGCAGGAGGGGUUCAAAAUGGGACUAACUCUUGAAGGCACAGUAUUUUGUCUGGACCCGCUAGACAGCAGAUGCUGA